ACACUUAAUAGUAGCUCUAAUAGUGCUGAGAGUUGGAGACCUCUGGUCUAAACACAGAAAUAACCCAAACAGAAAAAAACUGCACUGUAAAAUGUAGCCUAGCUAACCUGGUUUAUUUAUGCUGUACACGCAUUAUUUAUUUUUGUAAUAUUUAUUAUUCUAUAGUUGUAAUAUGCAUUUUAUUUCUGUAUAUCUUCAACGGGACAAUAUUAUCCCGUUCCAGACCUGACUGCAAUAAAUUAAUUUUUACAACACAUUGCAACUCUUGUGCCACUAGCUUGCAAGCUAACCAGUUAGAUUUAUGAGAUUUAUUUAUUCUAAAUUUAAUAAACCAAAAACUUACCACUUCCACACACGAUGGGAGAACUUGUUUCACUUUAUCAUGUCAGACAUGCCAUGGCUGACUCCAUGCAGUGUUAAGUUAAUAUAAUGUAAGGUAAUGUAAGGUCUAACCAUUGUCCCUGAGUCAAUAGAAGAGGUAAGAGGUGAUUGUGCUGACUUAUUGUUGUCCGGGCUGCACAUCCCAUUGAACAUAAGAUAAAUUGACACAUACUGCAAGUUUAAAAGUCAUUUAAAUGAAAAAUUCAUACAAAAGUAUUGGUAUUUUGUAGUUUGUGGUUGUAUGACUCUUUUAGAGUGACAGUGUUGAGUAUCUGCCUACAGAUGCACUGAUGUUGGUCAAUGUAGUGACCGCAUGCUGCCCUCUUGUGGAUAAAAGCUGCUAAUGACACCACUAAAGUUUGUCCUGCAUCAGUAUCGGUGCGUUUGUAUUGCUUCUCAUUGCACACCGAUUGUGGUCGAACGCUCGAAAAACAUGCAAAGUAGACCGAUACAAAUUAAAAAAUGCGUACUUUAUAAUAACACCAAAAAUUAUACAAAAUCUACAAAUGUAAAAAACACCAAACGAUAUAUUAUUGAUAUAUUUUCUUACGUUAAAUGUACUUGUAUAUGGCUACAUUGUUCCAUCCGCUUAUGCUACUUCGUUAGCCUAAAAUCUUUGUCCUGUGUUUUAUUGUGAUAAUAAUCAUAAUUAUAAUCAACAAACUUUAGGUAAACACAAAAACAUUACAAGUAAAAUAAAAAAUAUCGGAAAUACUGGUCCAAAACUUGUAGUAGCGCCUCCCUCUGACGUGAAUUGCCCACCGGCACAAAGCGGUAUUAGAUUGAAGCGCUCCUCCGCGCAGCAAACCCCGCCCCUCGGCAAUAUGACGCGUCAUUAAAGAGCACGCCCCGCCCAGCGACUGUGUACCUGUUAGGUGUCAUCCACGCCACUUAACUUCCAAGUUUGACUCUCAGCCCCUACACUUCUCUCCGGAAAGUCCCUGCUUGGGUUCCGGUCGGGACAUUAAACAUUAAGAGUUGCUCAAGAAGGAAUGUUUUAAGUCCUCGAUACCUGCUAGGUGAGUUUCAGCCAGGAUGAUGGAAGGCUCCACAGUCGGCCGACUCUCGUCGAACUGCUGGCCGCCCGUGGAGAGGGUUUUAGCCCAAGCGGAAGCUCCGGUCCGCCCGGUCCAGGUGAAGAAGCAAGCCGUGAAGCGACACCAUCACAAGCACAACCUGAAGCACCGCUACGAGUUCCUGGAGACCCUCGGUAAAGGGACGUACGGGAAAGUGAAGAAAGCUAAGGAAAGAUCCGGCAGACUGGUUGCUAUAAAGUCCAUCAGAAAGGAGAAGAUCAAGGACGAACAAGACCUGGUUCACAUUCGCAGAGAAAUCGAGAUCAUGUCGUCCCUGUGUCACCCGCACAUCAUCACCAUCUAUGAAGUGUUCGAGAACAAGGACAAAAUCGUGAUCGUGAUGGAGUACGCCAGCCGAGGGGACCUGUACGACUACAUCUGCGACAGGAGAACCAUCUCCGAGCGGGACUCCAGACACUUCUUCAGACAGAUCGUGUCCGCCGUGCACUACUGCCAUCAGAACAGAAUAGUACACCGGGAUCUCAAACUGGAGAAUAUUCUACUGGAUGGCAACGGCAACGUCAAGAUUGCAGACUUUGGAUUGUCCAAUCUUUACCACGGAGACGAAUACCUGCAGACAUUUUGCGGCAGCCCGCUGUACGCGUCCCCGGAGAUUGUGAACGGCCGCCCGUACCGUGGUCCGGAGGUGGACACGUGGUCCCUCGGGGUGCUGUUAUACACGAUGGUCCACGGCACCAUGCCCUUUGACGGGAACAACCACAAGGCGCUGGUGCAGCAGAUCAGCACGGGAAACUACCGCAAACCAAACAAACCCUCUGACGCGUGCGGCCUGAUUCGUUGGAUGCUGAUGGUAAACCCGGACCGCCGAGCGACAAUAGAAGAAAUCGCAGGACACUGGUGGCUUAACUGGGGAUACCGGGAGUCCCUCCUGGCGGACACGGAAGGCAGCCCGAUUGAGGAGAAGACAUCCGCGGCAACGCCGCACACGGCCGGUCUCGCCAGCGUCGCCAGUUGGCUGCGGCGUACAUCGAGGCCUUUGCUGGAGAACAGCUCCAAGAUGCGAUGCCUUCUCCGACCGCAGGGCAGCGGCGGCGGCGGCGGCGAUGUGGUGCGCCAACGCUCACUACGUAGAUCACGGAAGGAGAACAACGUCUCCCAGCCGGUGCACGAAGCGUCCGUAGACGCUCGGCCUUCCAAGGGGAUUUUAAAAAGAAGAAACAGUGUGAAACAGAAAGUAAUCAGCGAAUCUGGCGCGGCUUCGCCGAACGAUAAGACUAUGUUAGGUUUGAACCCCAUAACCGGUGACGUAUCCACAGCGAUUCAACCUCGCAAAGGUAUCCUAAAGAAACCCACAGAACAGGAGUCGGGCUACUACUCGUCUUCUCCUGAGAGCAGUGACUCCGGUUGUAAAGCGUUCCCGUCGGCACCGACGCACCGAAAAGGCAUCCUAAAGCGAAACGGGAAGUUCUCCUCAAGCGGGCUGCAGGAGUUCGGCUCCCUGGAUCAGCUAGCGGUUUCUUUACCGCACAGAGGAACCAGAAUGAAACCAAGCGGAUCCAUCAGCAAGGACAGUAUUCUGUCCUCUGAGUCCUUUGACCGAUUAGAUCUUCCAGACCGCGUCGGACCUCCAUCGAAUGCGACGAAAGCAAACAACAAGCCCGUUAUGAGAGCAUGCGUAUCUGCCGAUAACCUCCUAGACAUCCAGGAAGAUCGUAUUCUCGGAGAUGGCAUACAGAGACCCUGGAGCUGCUACGAGUCCGGAGUCGCCGACAGCGCCUUCUCCAUUACAGACUGUGACAACGUCACCGAGGCGUACAAGCAGGCCUUGAUUAUUAACAGCCCCGCAGCGAGAUGAGCAGCGCACAAGCGACUCGGCGACUCGCGGCCAAAGUGCAUCGUGACAAAUUAUCGGCGCGCUGUCGCCAACAUCAGGAAUUGCACAAUACCAAAAAAAAAAAGGGAUACAGUGGAACCCGUUUAUGUUGACUUGACCAGCUCAGCAACUUCCGGUCCAACAUGUUAAAGUUCCGGCAUUUGUCGAUGUUAAAAUCCAAAAACAUAACUUACACGACAUUAAAACCAGUAUACAAUCACUUCCUGUUCAGUGCAAAAUAAGCAUCAAAACAAAAGGAUGGAUUCUAUCACAAUUUACAAAAUAUACAGUAAACCUCGGAUAUAUCGGAAAUUCGCUCACAACGCACAGAUAAAAAAGAACCGAUUUUUCUGUAAUGCAUUUCCAAUAAAAAUUCAUUGCAUAUAUCGGAUUUUUUAUAACGGAUUUCGCCUAUUUCGGACAAAAUCUCCAGUCCCGUUCCAAUGCAUUUCCAUGAAAUUUCCCUCGCAUAUAUCGGAUGGCCGCAUCGUGGCGCUCCGAUUCGAAUCCGAAUCGUGACAGACCGCUAUACGACGUCAUUUGCAGCGUUUGCAGCGUUGCCUGCGCGUCCAGGUACAUUGGAAACAUAGUCAAGGAAGUGCCUUUUUAUAACGGAUAAAAUCCCAUUUACGCAUAUACCGGAUAUAAAUCCCAUAUAUGCGUAAAAUGGACAUUUUCCGAUAUACGCAUAUAACGGAUUUCGCUUAUAUCGGACAAAACCAGUGCGGACAAUUGAAUCCGAUAUAUCCGAGGUUUACUGUACCCAGUUUGCAGUUAUCACCGGAAAACUUCAGGUGCAAAAUAACCACAUAGAAAUUUUGGAAUUGUGUUAUUUUAUGACAAAAUUCACGCUCGUUACGAGCAGCGAGCCCGUCCCUCUUUGUUUGACGAUCCUUGAACGCAACAUCCAACUUUCUCCCAUAAACACAGAAAUACUGCUAUUUGUCUUUCACCUCAUAUUUGACCCCAAUGCUGAUUGUUAUGAUUGUUAAGGUUGUUUAACGUUAUUGAAUAUUAAUAUUAAUAUCUGCCCGGUCCACAACCUCAAAUUUUGACCCCAAAGCUUUAUGAUCAUUGUAUUCAAUGCAAUUACAGUAGCGGCUCUUGUUAGAUAAGAGUAGAAAAUGUCACAUGAAAAGAAAAGAAAAGUCAAUAGUAAAUGUUUCAAUGUCCAAAUGCAUUGGCUAAGUGUUUCUAAGUGUACGUCGACAACCGCUUAUUCCGACACAGGUCACGGGUUCCACUGUAAAAGAGCCAAAAGUGCCACCAAAAACCAAAACACCUUGAAUGUAAACCGUGGUGUCAGUUUUUAUGUAACCCGGGUCAGGUAUUGUUCAGGUUAAAACUCCUGACAGGUAUUUAUGGCGCUUUUAUCACAUGAGGGAUACUUUUACUGCAUUUUAUCACGUAAACAUUUCACCAUGCCAAAGAGCGCACUCUCGUUGACGUUAUUUAGGGACGGUUAUUUAUAAUUUGUUUUUUAAAUGAUGUGGACUUGAAUAGUUCUCAUGACACACUGACUCCUAACAAGAAGAACCUGUUGGACCUGCGCUUUGAGAGAUUAGAGAUUGUUUGCUUUUUUUUUUUUUUUUUCUAGUCUCAAUGCAGGAUCUGUUUUGUACAACUGAGUAUCAGGGCCACAUUGAAAGGGAAAAAAAAAAAGUCAUAUUUUGAAAAUAAAGUCAAAAAUUUGAGACGUCAUUCGACUCAGCGCCGCUCAACUGUGACGCUAUUCACGGGAAUUGACAGCUUUAUUGUCGUAAUAUUACGGCUUUAUUCUUGCAAAGUUCAAAAUUUUUUCUUUGUAAAUUUACGACUUUAUCCUUGGAAAUUUGCUACUUUUUUUCUCAUAAAUUAAAAACUUUAUUCUCACAAAUUUACAACCUUAUCUGCAAUUUCCGAUUAAUAAAGCAAGUUGUAAUUGUAUGACUUUAAAAUUUUGUAAAUUUUACUUUAUUCUCGUAAAUUUCUUGUAAAAUUUUUUUUAAUUUUACAAGAAAUAGUCACACAUUUACAAGAAAAAGUCAAAUUUAUGUACAUUUACAAGGUUGUUUACAAUUGUUGUCCCGCUUUUCAUAUGAUUUUUCCUCGUAAAUUUAGCACGUUAUUCUCACAGUUUAAAUUUCCGAUAAAUAAAGCGAGUUGUAAUUGUAUGACUUAAAUAAAAAAUUUCGUACAUUUGACUUUAUUCUCGUAAAUUUAUUGUAAUUUUUUUUACACUUUACAAGAAAGUCAAAUUUCUGUACAUUUUCAAGAAAAAAAUUUGUCCCCGCUUUUCAUACGAUAUGUGUAACUUUUUUUUUUCCUCGUAAAUUUAUCACGUUAUUCUCACAAAUUUCCAACUUCAUCUGCAAUUUCCGAUAAAUAAAGCGAGUUGUAAUUGUAUGACUUAAAUUUAAGUAUGACGUAAAUUUGACUUUAUUCUUGUAAAUUUAUUGUAUUUUUUUUAUUUUACAAAGUGAAAUUUCUGUACAUUUUCAAGGAAAAAAUGUUGUCCCCGCUUUUCAUACGAUAUGUGUAACCUUUUUUUUCCCUCAUAAAUUUAGCACGUUAUUCUCACAAAUUUCCAACUUUAUCUGCAAUUUCCGAUAAAUAAAGCGAGUUGUAAUUGUAUGACUUAAAUUUAAAAUUUCGUUAAUUUGACUUUAUUCUCGUAAAUUUCUUGUAAUUUUUUAAAAACUUUUACAAGAAAGUCAAAUUUCUGUACAUUUUCAAGGAAAAAAUUUUGUCCCACGCUUUUCAUACAAUGUGUAACCUUUUUUUUCCUCGUAAAUUUAGCACGUUAAAUUUACAACUUUUUUUUCUCAUAAAUUUAAAACUUUAUUCUCACAAAUUUCCAACUUCAUCUGCAAUUUCCGAUCAAUAAAGCAAGUUGUAAUUGUAUGACUUAAAUUUAAAAUUUUGUAAAUUUGACUUUAUUCUCGUAAAUUUCUUCUUAAAAAUUUUACAAGAAAAAGUCAAAUUUCUGUACAUUUACAAUGAAAACAUUUUGUCCCUGCUUUUCAUACGAUAUGUGUAACCUUUUUUUUCCUCGUAAAUUUAGCACGUAAUUCUCACAAAUUUCCAACUUUAUCUGCAAUUUCCGAUAAAUAAAGCGAGUUGUAAUUGUAUGACUUAAAUUUAAAAUCUCGUAAAUUUCUUGUAAAUUUUUUUUACAAGAAAAAGGUCAUACAUUUACAAGAAAAAGUCAAAUUUCUGUACAUUUACAAGGAAAAAAUGUUGUCCCCGCUUUUCAUACGAUAUGUGUAACCUUUUUUUUCCCUCGUAAAUUUAGCAUGUUAUUCUCACAAAUUUCCAACUUUAUCUGCAAUUUCCGAUAAAUAAAGCGAGUUGUAAUUGUAUGACUUAAAUUUUAAAUUUCGUAAAUUUGACUUUGUCGUAAAUUUUUUUUAAAUUUUACAAGAAAAAGUUAAAUUUCUGUACAUUUUCAAGGAAAAAAAUUGACUUUAUUCUUGUAAAUUUAUUGUAAUUUUUCUUAAAUUUAACAAGCCAAAAUUAUGUACAUUAACAAGGAAAAAAUGUUGUCCCCGCUUUUCAUAUAAUUGUAACCUUUUUUUUCCUCAUACAUGUAGCACGUUAUUCUCACAAAUUUCCAACUUUAUCUGCAAUUUCUGAUAAAUAAAGCCAGUUGUAAUUGUAUGACUUAAAUUUAAAAUUUCGUUAAUUUGACUUUAUUCUCGGAAAUUUCUUGUAAUUUUUUUUUACAUUUUACAAGAAAGUCAAAUUUCUGUACAUUUACAAUGAAAACAUUUUGUCCCACGCUUUUCAUACGAUAUGUGUAACCUUUUUUUUCCCUCGUAAUUUAGCACGUUAUUCUCACAAAUUUAUCUGCAAUUUCCGAUAAAUAAAGCGAGUUGUAAUUGUAUGACUUAAACUUAAAAUUUUGUAAAUUUGACUUUAUUCUCGUAAAUUUAUUGUAAUUUUUUUUUAAUUUUACAAGAAAGUCAAAUUUCUGUACAUUCACAAGGAAAAAAUUUCCAUGCUUUUCCCCGCUUUUCAUGCGAUAUGUGUAUGUAAACUUUUUUUUCCUCGUAAAUUUAUUAUCACAAAUUUUCAACUGUAUCGUAAAUUUCCGAGAAAUAAAGUUGUACAUUUAUAGGAAUAAAGUAGUAAACUUAAGAGAAUGUGUCAGUUGAGCUUUGUCAUCAAUUUACGAUUUUUCUCGCCAAUUUCCAACUAAAACUCGAAAAUGUUUUUCUCAAAAAUGUACUU